ACGGCUCCGAGGCAGGAUGCGGGCUGCGGAAGACCUGACACUUCUUGGAAACUCUUGGAAAUGGCUCCCGCCACGGCAGCGGAGGGGGCUGCGAACCUGGGGCGGGCGCUCGCCCCCGCUGGGCUGCUGAGCCGCGCUCGGCUGGUGGGCCCCGAGGCUCUGUAUCUGCGCCUCGCCGUCGGCUCGGGCUGAAAAAGUUUCUCCAUGGUUCCUUUGUGUCGCCCGAGCGCCCGUUCGCCGGCCCGGAGCUGCCCCAGCCUUCCCGGCAGGAGGAGGUGGCGGAGCAGCUAGUGGGCAGCCGGCGCCCCCACUUACACAAGCCUCUGCCACAGAGACUAGCCCCGCACGGCACCGGCUCACCAUGAUCGCCACCGGUGGCCUCCUGAGGAUUUCCGCCAGAAAGCAGGAUCCCCUCCGCCCCCCAACCCAGGUCCCCAAGCGCAAGCGGAAAGCCAAGAAAAGGCGCAAGAACGAUGUAGUGGUGGUGAAAGGCAAGCUAAAGCUGUGCUCCAUCUCGGGGCUCAUUGCCCUCUGCGGGAUCCUGGUGCUGCUGGUGGGCAUAGCCAUGGCGGUGGUGGGCUACUGGCCCAAGGCCAACGGGACCAACAGGGAAGGGGGUAAGCAGCUGCCGGCCGCAGGCAGCGGCCACCGCGUCCCGACCACGGCCAAUAGCGGCGGCAGUGGCAGCAAAAACCGGUCCAGGAGCCACCUGGGGACUCCGGGGGGUGUCAACUCUAGUUUGAUGGGCGCGCCCCGGAGCACACCUCCAGCGCGGCCCGCCGGCCCUUCGUCCUCUUCCACGUCUGUGGGUUUCUUCUUCCGCAUCUUCUCCGGAUACCUGCACUCUGACAAACUCAAGGUCUUCGGGCCCCUCAUCAUGGGCAUCGGCAUCUUCCUCUUCAUCUGCGCCAACGCGGUGCUCCACGAGAACCGAGACAAGAAGACCAAGAUCAUCAACCUGCGGGACCUCUACUCCACCGUCAUCGACGUGCACAGCCUCCGCGCCAAAGACCUGGCGGCUGCAGCGGCUGCGGCGGCCGCCGCCGCCUCCUCGUCCUCCGCCCCCGCCUCGGCGCCCCCCGGAGCCCCGCCGCUCAACGGCUUCCUCAGCUACGUGCAGUCGCGGGGCCUGGAGCUGAAGCCCGGGAGCUGCGGCGGCAGCGCGGGGGACUUUCUCUUCUCCAUUAUCUUGCAUAGUGGGCCAGGAUUUAUACAGAGUUUUGAGGAUUAUCUGGACCUGUUGGCAGAUGCAGAACCAAAAUUGGCAUUUCUGGAGACCAUCAGAAUAUUUUCUACCUUCUUCGCUUCCUGCUAG